UGCAAGUACAAAACAUAAACUCAAAAGAACUUAAUAGCUAGUAGCUAGAAAUGGCAAGGAAGAGAAAAGUUAGUGAGGGAGUGGAAGACAACAACGCUACUUCAAGUGAGGGAACCAUGGGUUGGGAUGAGAUGGUGAAUGAAGCUUCCGCUGUUGCCGAGCUAGGCGGAGCACGUAGGGCGCGAAAGCGCUUUGUUGGUGUCCGGCAAAGACCCUCUGGAAGAUGGGUGGCCGAGAUCAAGGAUACCAUUCAAAAAAUUAGGGUUUGGCUAGGCACCUUUGACACUGCUGAGGAAGCAGCUAGGGCUUACGAUGAGGCUGCCUGCUUGCUUCGCGGUGCCAACACCCGAACCAACUUCUGGCCUUGCUCCCAUUCGCCGUCUUCAACCCCGGCGCUCCCCUCGAAGAUCACAAACCUCCUCCUCCAGAGGCUGAAAGCAAGAAACAACGCCAACUCUUGCUCUCCUCCUUCUUCUGCUCCUCUCCCUAUCAUCAACCACCAACACGAUCACAAUCUUCACGAACAAGCAGCAAAAACCGAAUUCUCUGAAACAUACACGGAUUUCCUCAACGAUCCCGAAGAUUACUACAUCACAAGCAGCAACAAUCAUGACAUCAUCACUGAUCAUAUCAGUGCAAGCAGCAUUGACUACAUGACAUCGAGCUUAGAGUCAUGCUUAACUAACAAGGAAACUGAUCACAUAGAGUACGGUAACUUGAGUGAAUUGGUGCAACAGACUUACAGCUGCGGAGAUGCAAAUUUCGUAGCAGAAGGAUCGGAGGAAGAUGUUGAUCCAGAACAAGAACAAGAAGAGGAAAUGAACGGAGAUCAAGUUGGAGUUAUAGACUUCCAGUUUGUCGAUGAUAUCGGAGCAUCCAACUCAAACUGCUACUCUCCAUCGCCUUUCGAGAUUGCUGAGGAGAUAGAGGAGCCGGUUCUGGAGGCUGAGAGCUACACCGACGAGCCUUCGAUGCUGAGAGCCGCCAUGAAGAGAAUGAAGUACGAGAGGAAGUUUUCGGCUUCGCUCUACGCCUUCAAUGGGAUUCCCGAGUGUUUGAAGUUAAGAAUCGGAUCGGUGAAUGGGAAUGGGAAAGGUAGAGGGGUGUCCGAGUGUUUGAGCAACCUUCAGAGAGCGUGCAGUAACAAGAAAGAAGAGGAGGUUGUUGUUGCUGUGGCGGCGGCGGGGGAACACCAACGAAAUGAUUCGAAACAGGAGGAGCAGGGUUCGUCAAUGGAUGUUUCUCUGAGUAGUGAUGGUGAAUUGUCACUCUGGAGCUCACUUGAUCUGCCGCCAAUCUGCCUUUUGUCAACUAAUUAGUUCUUCUUCUUUCUUAUUUUUUUACCAAAUUCAUGCUCUAAUUUGAUUCCACAUAUCAAUCUGGAAUUCCAUUCUUUGCAAUAUUUUCUGAUAUUCUAAUAUAUUUAAAAGAAAUAGUGAAUUUUAUGUAAUUCGAACCUUGGGUUCAAACUU